AUGACGAUGACGAUGAUGAACACAUUGCGAUACAUGAGGCCGGCAGUCUCACGUAUGCGUGCCGUGCCGUUUCAAAACUCCACCCUCCCCCAGUUCGUCCGGGCCUACAGCUCGUCUAAGGAUUACGAGUUCAUCCAAGUAUCCAAGCCCAAGCCCGGUGUCGGACAAGUGACAUUGAACCGUCCCAAGGCCCUCAACGCCCUGUGUAGCCCUCUCAUCGCCGAGCUCAACGAUGCGCUAGGCGACCUGAACGCAUCGUCCGACACCAAUGUCAUCGUGCUGACGGGCUCCGAAAAGGCGUUUGCUGCUGGCGCCGACAUCAAGGAGAUGGCCUCUCUCACCUUCUCCGAAGCCUAUACCGGCUCCUUCAUCGAGUCGUGGUCCCAGCUCACGACGCAGAUCAAGAAGCCCAUCAUCGCCGCCGUGUCGGGCCAUGCCCUGGGCGGCGGAUGCGAACUGGCCAUGAUGUGUGACCUCAUCUACUGUACCGAGAAGGCCAAUUUCGGCCAGCCAGAGGUCAAGCUGGGCACUAUUCCUGGGGCCGGCGGCAGCCAGCGCCUCACCCGCAUCAUAGGAAAGGCUAAAGCCAUGGACCUCAUCCUCACGGGUAAAUCCUUCUCCGGUGUCGAUGCUGAGAAGUGGGGGGUUGCUGCUAGGGUCUUCCCUACCUACGAGGCUCUCAUGGAGGAGACCCUCAAGACGGCCGAGACUAUUGCCGGAUACUCUCGCGUCGCCGUCCAGGCUGCCAAGGAGGUGGUCAACAAGAGCCAGGACCUGCCCCUGCGCGACGGCGUUGAGUAUGAGAGGCGUGUCUUCCACAGCACGUUUGGUAGCCAGGACCAGAAAAUUGGUAUGAAGGCUUUUGCUGAGAAGAAGAAGGCCGAGUGGACGCACUCUUAG